AUGCUGGCAUUAAGCCUUCGAUGGUUUCUAGAACAUCACAGACUCAAAUCAGACCCGGACAUAUUAAAGCGAACCUAUGUCGAUAACAUUCUAUCUCAAGCCGCCACUGAAGAGGAAUUAGUCGCGAAAGCCAAAGAAGCGAAACAACUCCUCAGCACGGUCAGAUUUCACCUCCGCGAAUUUUACUCAAAUUCGGCUGAAUUGAUGAAGGAGCUAAACCCCACAGAAACUAGAGACUCAACAAAGUUUCUGGGAAAAAACUGGAACUUUCAACAAGACUUAAUCUUGAUGACGACGCCAACACUUCAACCCAUAUCUACAAAACGAAGUCUUUUACAGUUCAGAGGGAAACACUUUGAUCCAGAAGGACUAACAUGCCCCUUGACUCUUCCUUUAAACCUCAUCUUACAAGCCACAUGGUCUAUUCCGAACUUAACAUGGGAUGACCCAUUACCACCCCACAUCAUGGAAGAGCUAAACAACGUCGUCCCCUUCUGGGAAACUCCCACAACGUUUCGAAUUCCACGCAAAAUAAUUAACUGGAAUCAACCAUAUUAUCUUCACGCGUUCACCGAUGGCUCGAAAGUUGGUAUUGGCAUCUUGAUUUACUUAGCCGCUCUAGCAGAAGACCGCACGUUCGAAUUACCUCAAUUGAUCAUGGGCAAAUCUCGAGUAGCACCGAAAAAAGCAAAUUUGGAUUCCGAACUAACCAUUCCAACCACGGAAAUUGUGUCCAUUUCCAGCGGUGUCCUCCUGCUACAAUUUGUCGAACAACACCUUCCCUUCCCUCCAGAAAAGAUCAUCCUUUGGAACGAUAGUCGUUCUUCUUUGGAAUCACUUAUCAGAAACAUGGAUCACAAAUCAGUUUUCGUAAAAAAUCGAUUACGUUUGAUCCGCGAUAAAGGACGAAAUUACGAAAUUCGGCAUGUACCGGGUAAAGAAAACAGCGCAGACAUUCCGUCCCGAGGAAUAGUCAACCCCGCCGACUUAGUAGAAAAUAAAUUCUACUGGCACGGACCCAAAUUCUUGCAAAACCCAGAAGAUUGGCCUUCCGAACUCGUUAUACCAGCUGGAUCUUUCGAGGAGGACCAAACAACAGUGGCCGUCGUCACCCCACCAGAACCUCUGAUUGACCCCGAACGGUUCGGUUCUUGGAGUAAACUUCAUUUAACCGCCAGAAUAGUCAUCAAUUUUACACGGAAACUGCAGAAAAAGCCUGCCGCAAACAAUGCUGAGGUGGAUCGUCUACUCUUCCUCCUGGAUCAACAACGGAACCCUCCCUCGGAGAAAGAGAUCACCGACUUCAGGCUCUUCCAAGACCAACAUAACCUCUGGCGUUGCGACAUCCGCCUACAGGAAAGCGACCUACCUCCAGCCGCAAAAACCCCUAUAUGGCUACCGAAUUCGCAUCAGACACGUCUAAUCAUCAGACACUACCAUAAUCAAAAGCUUCAUGCCGGAGUUGAUCUUACCUUAUGCCAACUACGGACCAAAUAUUGGGUAAAAAGAAGCUUUGUGAGGAAAACCAUCAAAACUUGUAGUUUUUGUAAGCGUCAAAAGUCAAAACCCUUCGAAUUUCCCCCUUUCGCACCACUCCCCCAAACACGGUGUACACAAGGGAUCCCGUUCGAUGCCGUCGGAGUUGACACCUGUGGACCCUUCAAGGUGAAAGACCACGAAGAUGUUCAUGUCCUGAUUUUUUCGUGUCUCAAAUAUCGAGUCCUCCAUACAGAAGUUAUAGCCAGCUUGCAAACCACUGAUAUUAUCCACGGUUUUACAAGAUUCAUUUCACGAAGAGGACCCCCUUCACAAAUCUUGAGUGACAAUCACCCCUCACUGUGCGCCGCCAAAGACUUCCUUCAGAAAACCCACCAGACUAAUCAAAAUUUUUGUUGGAGUUUUAUCACACCAAGGUGUCCUUGGGAGGGCGCUUCGUACGAAAGGAUUAUCGCAGAGUUAAAAAGAGCAAUGAAAAACUCCGGAACAAAAUCCAAAUUGGACAUUGAAGAGUUCCGAACGUUGAUAUCCCGAUCGGAAGAAGUGGUAAAUUCCAGACCUCUCACCGCACAAUCUGACGACGUUAACGAUCUUCGAGCGAUAAAACCUUUCGACUUUAUCGGUGUCCGAUCAGACUACGAAGGAGACAGUGAAGGAGAUGAACCAGAAGAAGAAGAAAGAGACCCAACUUACGUAGAACGAGAAAAUCUACAAGAAACUCUACGAAAGAAGAAAAAUAGAAUAGAGGCAAGAUUAGAAAAGUUCAAGACGUUCUGGAUAAAACAUUAUCUUCAAUAUCUAGCCGAGAAGAAUUCGAAAAAACGGAACAAUGGGAUAAGAAGAACCCCAAUUGUAGGAGAAUUGACAUUAGUCGCGGACCCCACCUUACCAAGACAGCAAUGGAAAUUAGGAAGGAUCCAACACCUAAACGAAGGCCGUGACGGUAUCGUGAGAACUGCCGAUGUCUUAGUGGCGGAUAACUUGAAGAAUUAUCCAGCCGAAACCUCCAGAAAAAUCAUAAAAAGGAACAUCACUCAACUCUACAGCCUGGAAAUCACACCAAGCGAAGACACAGAUUGGCUGAAAGAGUUACUACCACAACCGGAUGUCGAAAUACCGGCACCUCGAAGAUCACCGAGAACAAAGAAAUUGAAUCUGGCCUCAGAACAAUUCAACCUCCUGUCAAUAAACACCGUGUUAAUGGUGUUGUCAAUUGUUUUCAUGCUAAUCUACCCAAGCGAGGGCUACAAUUUCUGCCCCAUGGAUACAAGGCCAGUUUACUGGCGACCGACACCAAUGCGCGCAUGUUCGGUUCCUUAUAUGGAAAAUCUUACCCCAACAACCGUGGUGGUGUAUCAAGCGAAUCACGUAGAAUACAAGACAAAGGCAUAUAUUUGCUCAGCUGAACUCCACAAAAUAACUUCGUGGACUGACAUCUAUGGGUUUGAAAGAAGUGAAGAAGAGAUAAUUGAGAAAUCGGAAUUAAGUGCCGAAGAAUGCUGGAGAAUGAAGGAAACCCGAAAAUGUAUAUACGGUUCACUAUCUAUGCAUGGAGAAGAUCUGAAGACCAACACAAGACCAGAGCUCUCUGAUAUCCCAAAUAGGUUUAUGAGUCUCCUCAACAGGAGAGACGAAGAAUUUGGAGUUUGUAAAGUACUGUCGACACUAGUUCUCGCUCAUUUCGGAUCGACAGAAGCAGUAUGCCCAAGAAUAGACCUAACCAACUGUAAAUAUGAAGACAACCAAUGCCGAACCAAAGACGAUCGGAUGGUGGUAUGGAUUCACAACACAACACAAAACUGUCCAUACAUAAAAGCAUCAACUGUUAAGGGAGUUAAAAACAACCAGACGUUCAUAUCUGAAGAAGAGGAACUGAUGCUGACCUUUUCAAAUAAGAGAACAGUGUCGUGCCAAGAUAAGCUCUGGAUAUCGGAUCAAGGAGUCCCGUUCCAAUUUGAGAAGAAUACGUCACCCAAGAAAAGAGAUUUGACAACAGCAGAAAAACAGUUCGCGAGUCACGUCAACCUAGUAGAUCUCCAGAACACAACAAGGAUCCUAUGUGACGAAAUCAACCAACAAGGCCAGAUAUUGAAUCAAUUAAUAGCGAGCAAACCAGCCGAAUUCGCCCAAAGACUUCUCAACCGAACAGACGUAAAAGUACAAUCAGUAGGGCACGGCAUCGUGAGUAUUACCUUUUGCACCACAGUGCCGGAUGAAAAAGUACACUUCCAACAAGAAGAGACCAGAGAAUUUAGAAUAAAAGUCAACGUAGAUGGAAAAGGGAUAAUGUUCUUGGACCCAGUUACGGAGGAAUUACAUUUGAAUCCGUCAGGCCUUUUCACAGAUACGGAACGAGUUGUCCGACAUAACGGCAAAUACUUCAGAUCAACACAAGGAUAUCUCCAACCGAUUAACGUUGUAACAGACGAACGAGAAGAAGUGCAAGUUCUCACCAAAGAAUUCGUCUUCAAGAAGGGCCAUUCCCUCACCACCCCGUGGCUGGACGAAAUGUUGGUAAAAGAAUACUUGAAAUCACACAACGACCUCAUCGAGUCCUUUUCUAAGCCAAUCGUCAGGAGAUCAUCAAAGACGUGGAGAGAAGAAAUCACAGAAAUCAUCGUCUCUCCAAUUCUGCCUUACUUACGGUUGUGGUGGUCAAUCUGUGCGGGACUAGUCUCGCUAUACACAGUUACGUCGAUCCUAAACAACUUCACCGCAGAAAAGAAGAUCCAACUCAAGAUGCCAAGGAGGAAUGCCAGGAAGAAAAAUCCUCUCCGACGAAAGAGGAAAAACAACCGGAGGUCAUCCCAAAGGCCCAAUGAAGAAACCCCGCUUGGAAUAGUCUUCCAAAGGGCAGAACUGCCGAGGAGAUCUGUCAAAAUAAGGCAACUUCUCGCGCGCGGAGUGUCGCGACCACCGCGAAAAGCCUAA